AUGUCGUCCAGUUCAUACAAGACGAGGUUCGCCGCAGGGCUCCUGCUCGUCGCCACGGCCGCUUCCCAUCUGAGCGUCGGCCUAGCAGCGACGAUCUCGGUUAAGCCUGGAGGCCUUCAGUCCGCACUCGACAAGGCUAAGCCGGGUGACACCCUUCGACUUGCCCCGGGAGAAUACUGGGAGACGGCCGUCACCAAAACUGCCGGUCGUGAGGAUGCCUAUAUUACGAUCGAGGGGGAGACGUACGGCGCUAUCGUCAAGGGAGAUCAAGACAUCGACAACGAUGGCUACGCCUUGAAGAUCGAGCACUCCUACUACCGCCUUGACCGUUUCACCAUCGACGGCAAACACAGCAAGAACAACUACAUCGACAAGUGCCUGUACGUGCAGCAGAACCGCGACAACGACGACAAGGCGAAGAAGAUCAAGUUCAACGGACACAAGUUCAGGUCUUCGAUCAACGGGCUGGUUCUGUCCAACAUGGACAUCAACAACUGCGGUGGCGAGUGUGUCCGAAUGCGCUACUUCGUCACCUACUCUCAGGUUUACAACAACAGGAUCACCAACUGCGGUACCCACGACUUCGUCAUGGACGGCGGCUCCAAGAACGGCGAGGGGAUUUACCUUGGGACCUCGUCAAACCAGUGGGAUGAUGGCAAGAACCCAAGCGACGAACCCGACGAAAGCAGCUACAACCACUUCUUCAAGAACCACUUCGACACACAGGGUAACGAGGGGAUCGACAUCAAGGAAGGUUCCAGGUACAACAUCGUCGAGGACAACUACUGCACCGGCCAAAAGGACCCGAACUCUGCAUGCCUCGACGCUCGCGGCGAUUCCAACAUCUUCCGGUUCAACACCUGCGAGGACAAUCUUGGCGCCGGCAUCCGCAUCGGGGGCCACAAGAUCGACGGCCACCAGUACGGCCAGAAUAACGAGGUCUACGAGAACCUUCUCGAGAACAACGAUUACGCUGGCAUCAAGAUCACGAUGAGCCCUCAAGGGGCAGUGUGCAGCAACGAUAUCCUGGGAAGCAAAUACGACAGUAGGGGAAGCAGCUACGCCGAAAAGCUCAGCCCUGAGGGCAGCUGCGAGAAGCUGAGCGGCGACCUCUCAGCGAUUGCCAAGACGUGA